AUGCAACACCAAGAAAAAGCACCAGAAGGUAAUCUCACUAAAUUGACGGAAUUUGUUCUCCUGGACUUUGCUGAUGUUCCUCAUCUCCAGGGGUUUUUAUUUGGACUGUUCUUACUCAUCUAUAUAAUUAUCUUGAUAGGCAAUGGGAUCAUAUUUCUGAUAACAAAACUAGACCCUGGUCUCCAGGCCUCCAUGAAUUUUUUCCUUGGAAAUUUUUCCCUUUUGGAAAUCUGCUAUGUGUCUGUUACGCUCCCCAGAAUGCUCACGAGUCUUUGGACACAAAGAACGAUUUCUUUAGUUGCUUGUGCCACACAAAUGUGCUUCAUUCUUAUACUUGGGGCCACCAAGUGCUUCCUUCUGGCCGUGAUGGCCUAUGAUUGCUACGCGGCCGUUUGUAGCCCUCUGCACUAUCCUCUGGUCAUGUCGCUCAGUCUCAUGAACUACAAGGUGUGUAUCCAGCUAAUGGCUGGCUCCUGGAUCAGUGGAAUCCCAAUCCAAAUAGGCCAGACAGGCCAGAUUUUCUCUCUGCCAUUCUUCUGUGACAUCCCUCCCAUACUCAAGCUGGCCUGUGGGGACGCUUUUCUGAAUGAAAUGCUGGUCUUCACAGUUGCUGCGCUGUUUGUGGCUCCAUUUCUGUUGAUACUUGUCUCUUAUGGCAAAAUCAUCUCCACAAUCCUUAAAUUGCCAUCAGCCACAAGCCGAGGCAAAGCCUUUUCCACCUGCUCCUCUCAUCUUACGGCUGUGGCAUUGUUCUUCAGAUCAGGCCUUGUCACAUAUUUAAGACCCAAGACCCAAGGCUCAGCAGAAAGUGACAAAGUGCUUUCUCUCUUCUACACGAUUGUGACGCCUGUGUUUAACCCCAUGAUAUACAGUCUAAGGAACAAGGAUGUCAUGAUGGCACUGAGACAAUGGCCAUGCAAAUAUCUUAGUUCAUUGAAAAACUGA